UAGAUCAAGAGACCGCACAGAGAAAAAAAAUAAGGGAGAGGGACUUGAUGGGAGAGUGACUCGCUUUCCCUCUUUCUCUCAUUCCUUCUUUCAAAUUUUCUGCCUUCCCUGCGUUCUUCUCGAGGCCUUCGUGCCUGCCUCAAGAUGACGACGGCGGGAGGGCGAGUCGGCAUCGGCCGUGAACAGAGCCUCGUCUCCCCCGAGACGAUGUCUAUGGUCCUCACCGGCGCCAAGGCGGUGCUGCUUCAGCGUAGGGGCAUCGACCACCGAUCCACAGACAUCACCGACCUCGUCAUCUGUCUUCUCUCCAUCGUGGGCGCAAUGGUCAUUAUCGUGCCUUACGUGCUUAACCGAAAGAGCAGAAAGCUCCGUCAUUCUCUUAUCUUGGGUCUAGCGACUUCAGAUCUCGUCUCGAGCAUCAUCAUCGUGUGCACGUCUGCUUUCUCGAUCGCCGGUGGAAGGCUUGGCGAUGCUUAUAGAUUCUGCACCUUUGCUGGCUACAUCUUUGCGACGUCAAUCUGGACCCAGCACCUGUGGAACCUGAGCAUCGCCGUCAUCACCUACAUGAUCCUCGUCCGGCCCCUGUCUUCCAUUAUUCACCGCGUCGAAAAGCACCUUGCUUUGCUCUGGCCAACUUUUUGGGCCAUUUCCCUCGUCGUCAACGGCGUUGCCUGGGGCGUCGUUGGCUUCGGCGACGUCGGAGGUUACUGCUCCUUUGACCCACAGCGCGGCGGGCCCCUCUUCAGCGCAAUUUUCCAAUUUGUGCCCCGGGCCACCGUCGUCGUCAUCAUCAUCGUCCUCUACACCCACCUCUUUUUCUUCCUUCGACGCACCAACCUCUUCUCCAAGGCUGCCAGCCGCACUUCGAGGCCCCGGGGCACUGGAUCGGGCACUGGAUCGAGCCCCUUGGUAAGGUCGGGUGCCGGUGCCGGCGCUACAGACUCGCAGGGUGCGCGCAGCGGCGCUGGCACAGGACCGGAAGGCGACGUAGCUGCUCAUCAGAGGAGCACGAAGCGAAAUGAAGCCAGGGAUUCGCAGCACGGCAGCUUCAUACUCAAUCAGGCUGCUGACACCAACUCGACACUGGGAGGAUCGGUGACAUUCUUCAAGCACCUCUUGACGCCCUCGUCUAAGCGAAGAAGCUCCGAGGCCACCUCGUCUGGCCACGCGCGCUCUGCCUCGACGCAGGACAAGGCUUCAGACGCCCCUCGAGGACCUGUCUACGAUGACAUCGAGAUGGUUGCCACGCAGGGGUAUGUGAAUGGGGCGGGAAGCUCAAACGAUGCCGUCGCCAACGUCAUCGGCAACCAUGGUGAGGAAGACGAGGAAAUCGAAAUGAACGAGAAGGGAUCACCAUCAACCCUCGCCCCGUCACCGUCUGACAUCGAAGCUUCGCCCAGGGAGCUCGAGCCCCUGGGAACGGCGCCGAUGCUGGCGCCAUCGGCGGCGCCCAAGCUGCAAAACAAAGCUCAUGCAUCUGUUAAAAGGCCGAGCACCGCAGGCUCGGCCAAGACCCAUGACCGUCCCCAUAUCGUUAUUCCACCGCGCCCCUCGACAGGGGCGGGGCCCAUACCCAGCAGAAGCAAGACGCAAGAAGAGGCCGAAGACACCGAAUCUGUCGACAGCAACUACGAUACCUGGCUCCGGAAGCAGAACUCGAGCUCCUCGCCCUUCCAGACCAUGACACCGAGACGCGACGUCCGCGACUUUGGCAUGACGAGCGCACCGAGGGAACACCUUAAGCACUACUCGCUCACACCUAGCGGUGUCGAGUCCUACAAGCGUGCUCUCGAGACGGGCACGCCUUCCCCUGUUCUGCCCUGCUCGCCAGCAAACAAGCGGGUUAUGGACCCUUCGACUCCUCGAGAUCAGUCGCCUGCUGCUCGGCGGCAGACAGAGGCAAACACCGCGCCUUUUCCCGUCAACGACCCAGUUUGCACGACGAAGGAGACAACAGAGAACAAGCCUGCGCCCUCUAAUCCGACAUACGAAGAGGCCCUGGGUGAUGACUGGACCUGGGGAAUGGCCGUCAGCACGCCGGGAGGAGGAGAGCGUAGGCAAGGAGUCGCCCACCGCUCUCUAGCAACACCGACUGCUUCUUCUGUCGACGCUACAGGGGCAGCAAGGCAGAAGGGCUGGUGGCACGGCCUUCGCGGGACAGGUGGCGCAAAGCGACGAGAUGGCAGCAAUGGCGUUGGAAGCAAUGAGACGUCAUCGUCGGAGAGCACAGGCGUCCAUGGAGUCGAGUCGCUGGGCAGCACCCUCAAUCGACAGGCAUCUGUCCUCCUGCUCCUCUAUCCGGCUGUCUACUGCUUGCUGUUCAGCAUCUCGAUCAUCCGAAUCAUCGUCGACCUCGCGGGGUCGCCUAAGGACGCGGCCGCUGUGCGAGGCAAACAGGAUGAUGCCCUCCAUGCCAUCUCUCGAUGGACCAUCUUUGCUCAAGGCAUGAUCGAUGCCGUCGUCUUCCAAGUCGUGGAGCGGCAGUUCAGGCGGAGGAUGAAGAGGAAGAGGAGGAUCGCCGCUGGCGAGCAGGUCGAGGAUGCAAUGUGGUACAAGGCCCUCCAGUCUGCCUGGACCUCUAUCCGCGGCGGCAGCCCUCGACGAGACGUUGGCGAGAAGUAGGCGGUCACAUUCAACAAGUAGUCCUGAAAGGCCAGAUCGAAUCACAGCGGCUGCUCUUCCCUGCUCUUUGCACCGUUGACUUGUAACAUACACAUCUUUCUAUCAUUUGACAUUGCACCCCAUUCUCUAUCCUGCAAAUGGGACAUUCAUCUGCGCUUUCACUUUUUGAUGUCUGUAUCCACGAGAAUCGUGACGGGCCCGU